UUAGCAAAGUUUGAAGUUUUCUAGGAAAAAAAUAAAUAAAAAGUUUCUUUACGCAUUUUUGUGAAGUGUGCGGACUAAUUUUAAAGGUUUUGCAAUAUUUUGAGCUGAACUAUUCAACUAAAAAUACUCUAUUGUGAAAGAUCAAAAUGUUUUAUCCUUAAGCAAGGCGAAGUAAUCUGUCUGUGGCUGCAAAUCAUUUUAGCAAAAACUAUCGAAAACUAGCUGCUUUAGAUACUUCCGUUUGCAUCAUGGACCAGAGUACCGUUGACGAUGAUGAAUUUUCGGAUUGUUCCGGCGACUCUUCGUCCUCCCAAAUGUCAACAAGCUCGGAUUCCAGUUCAUCGGUCAGGGAAUCCGCCCGGAAACAGUUCGAAUCGACCAAGAUAACAACCGAAAUCAUAAACCUCCCGAAAGAGCUGUGUGAGGACAAAAGUGUAUUCAACGAAUUUUUCUCUUUGGAAACUUGGCACAGUUUGUCGGAUCCGAUACGGAAGCACCUGGGAUUGUUUUUACCUGCGUUCAGCGACAACGUCGAAUCCGAAAGAAGAAAUACUAUUGAAGCGUUGUUCAGCAAUCGAAUUACUCGAUUUGGAUCAUGUCCUUUGGAGCGGCUCCAACGAAUGCUAGAAGAAGGGAAUUGCAGACCGGAAAUAUCCACUCUGAAUAAAAGUAUUGCUAAAGCGGAACGGAGAGAACAACGCUUUCAAGAAUGUGAACGAUUAACGGAGGUGGCCCGCAAAGUGUCGAUGUCCCGUGAGAGAACACUUCGGGCAGUUUGCCACGGGACACGAUUCAGAGGUUCAAACUCAGGUCAACAGUAUGCAUAUGCCUCAAAAUCGCCGCUCUUCUCGUCGGCGAAUUCACUGCGAGCAAAGAAACGAUAUCUGCAGGAGGUCAGUUCCAUCGCCGAGCAAUUAAAUCUUCCCGACAUACUCUCGGACGACGAAAAAUGCCCCGAUGGUACCAUGAACUAUAUUCCGCGAAAGCAGCGUCGACUUUUCGGAACAGCCCAGGGAGGUGCAGCAAGCCCUGGCGCCGACGUUCGUAUCGUGAAUACCUUGGGCUUCAAAGACGAACAAACGACAACUGGCUAUCUGGUUGGUCCAAAUGGCAAAAUUUCCAUUUCCGACAAUCACUAUCGAGAUCUUAUCGUGCAUCAUAAGCGACGUAAAAUUUCAGAGCCGGAUCAUCCGGAAUUGGAUUGCCAAGAAAUAAAACUAAAGGAUGUGGUUUCGAGAACGCAAGCUUCUUCGGGCUAUCGACGCAUUAUGCCACUACCAAAAGUAAACGUGGCCGAAGAUACAUCAAUGCAGGAGGAAAAGUUAAAAUCCCAGUUGAAUGUGUCGAUUCCGUUAACGUACCCUGAGAGCUCAUCUUCAGGUGAUCUUAAAACACCAAUUGUUAAACUGUUGCCGCAGGAUACGGUGAAGAGCGUAGACCAGACUACACUGGAUGUAGGUAAUUCUGAUGAAUCGCUCUCGUUGAAUAAUACCGCUGAAUCGUCUCGAGCUGCAAGUGAAACAGAAGUCUACAUUAAAACUAUUCGACUCGACUCCGAGAAGGAUAUUGACGAAAAUAGCAUGGAUGCUAACUUGACAGAAACCCAAGAAGUUGUAGAUAAUAAUGUUUCAAUUCAGUCCAUGGUCUUACCAAUGGAUGCACCGAAUGAUACUAAAGAAGAGUCUUGUGAACCGAAUCAUACUUUCAAACCAAUCAUAGACACACAGUUACAAGAUAAGAUUGAAAGUACGUCAGAGGAACCAAUUGGACGCUCAACUCCGCAUGUAGACAAUACAUCAAUAGCGGAAGAGGAAAAUGAUCAAACCACAACAACACUGAAAGCACAGUUGAAUCUCAACGAGGAUACAAUUGAUCAUGUAACCGAGCAAAGUAAUGUUCAGCUUCAGUCUACAUUACCUAGUGUUGAGAAAUCAUCUUACGAAAAAUCGAUGCCAGAAUUAAUGCAAGGGACGCAUAAAUGUUUCCUGUCUCUUGUACGGGAUAUGUUCUGUUCUACCCCGGAUCACCGUUUGACGAUCGACGAAUUGAAGGUUAAGCUUAAUGUUUGGCUUAAAACACCUAUUGCAGCUCUUAAUGAUUGGUAUCUGCAAGCAGACGACAAGUGGGUAGACAUGUUACAUUCUGCCAUUUUGUUUCUCUCUGGUGAGUUUUCUGAUCAGCCAGAUGACUUUGUUCCAUAUAUCGAACAUAAGGUCCAGUUGAACAUAUAUCAAUGGAUAGGUGCAUCACGGGAUUCAGAUUAUCGCCUGUUUGAUCUUUGCCAAUAUUGGCUUCGGCGCCGUCAUGAAAUGGGUGUCAGAAUUCUGUCUAAACCGGUGAAAGCUACCAGUCUUAAGCAAAAACAUGCCUCACCAAACAGCAGUACUACUGUUGAGGACGACGAUGGUUCAUCAGAAAGGACUAUUUCGCCUCCCCCUCCUCGAUACCCAACUGAUUGGUCAGUGCGCAAGGCAACCGACGAAGAAAUUCAGUUAUUUCGUGAGCAAGAAAGACGUCGCUACGAGAAUCCGCAUAUGGCAUUCACAUAUAAACAGCAUUCGUAUAAUAGCGUGGUAGGACCCGUAAAAGGUAUCUACACGCAGGUUCCUGGAAUAUCGAAAGCUCGUGGCCAUAACAUGUUGGUAGCAGAACGUCCAAAUUUUGUUACCAUUCUGACAUUAGUCCGUGAUGCUACCGCGAGGUUGCCCAAUGGCGAAGGAACUAGGGCCGAUAUUUGCGAAUUGCUGAAAUCUUCUCAAUACAUUUCGCCAACCGCAACUGAUCAAGUCUUACAGACAAUUGUUAGUGGAGCACUGGACCGCAUGCAUACUGAACAUGACCCGUGUGUAAAAUACGACACCAAACGAAAAAUAUGGAUUUAUUUGCACCGAAAUAGGACAGAGGAAGAGUUUGAGAGGCUACAUCAUCAAUAUCAAGGCGUAGCCAAGCAUAAAAAGCCAGUCUACAGAAAGAGCAAAUCCAAGGAAGCUUUGGGAACAACGCCUAAGAAAGCUAUAUCCGAGCCACUUAUCAAAAGCAAUUCACAAUCCUCUGUUGAAAAUGAUAGUGUUCAUAGUGAACCAAUUCCAGACAUUGGCAAUAUUUUGACAACUUCGACACCUGUAGAAUCUCCCGUUUCAUUGCCCACGACUUCAAUUCUUAUCAAACCCAACGUAAUGACAUCUGUUGCAAAUGAUAAAGCAGCUCCUGGUAGUACUCUAUCAUCACUAAUCUCACCUCAAAAAGUAAGCAUUCUGACAAACACCUCUAUUGAAUCUAGUCCGCAAGUUACUCAACCUGAACCAACAGAAGAAUGUUUCAUAAAAAUUCAAGCGAAGGAUAACAUUUCUCCAAAAAUUACCGUAUGUACAAGUUCUCCUACUGUGUCACAAGCCAAAGAAGUUGUACCGAUCAGGGUCACUACGCCAUGUAAAAUACAAGCUGUUCAACUCACGACCACUCAACCACAAGUUAUUUCGCGACCUGUGAAAUCAAUACUAUCUGCUGAAAAAAUUGACCCUACCGCUGCCAAGUCGAUCCUAUCUAAGAAAAUAAUCACCACUUCAGUCCCUAACAAGCCUCUAGUAAUAAGCUCCGCACCAACAACACAAUCCAACAUUUGCAACAUUCCCGGAACGAUUCCGGUUCAAGUGUCGAUGGCCACCGGAGAUGGCAAUCAUGGCGUCGCACAUAGUUUCAUUGUUCCAGUAUCAGUGGGCACCGAAAGUAUCAGUUCAACACGUGCAAGAUUGAUCCCGGCCACCAGUCAAAUCAGCAUUGCUAAACCACCGAAUCGAGUACAAAAUGUUUCUCCCAGCGCAACACCUGUCACCGCUGUGAAAGCCGCCACAUCAUUACUCCAGCCAAAGAAUCCAAUGUCGCUUCUUACGUCAGUUCCCAGCGUUACGGCAAAGACUGUAGUUCAACCAUCGGAGUCCUUCGUGAUGACUGCAAAUAGGCAACAGAAAGUUACAUGUUUGAGCGCUGGUAGCAGUAAUUCACUGCCAAAUUCAUCAUCAGUUCUUAUUAAAACUGACAGCGGGACGCCAACAUCUGGGGUGGAAAUUAUCAAUACGAUUACCAUGCCUAAAGGACAACAAUCCGUGUUAACUCCUGCACAACAAAAACAGAUUUUACAAAAUCUGCUGGCCCAGCAAAACAAGCAAGUUUUCACUUCUAAAUCAGUUAUUCUGGGUCAGUCUGUUAGUUCAGUGGCAAACUCUGCCUGUAUUGUAAAUUCUGCCAAUGUAACAACUAAUGCACAAAAUAUACAACAAAUAAAAGGUGCUCGGCAGUUACAAAAGAUUCCGGCCCUCACUCUUUCAUCGUCAAAUACCAGAGGUACACCGACAGUCUUUCAAACGAUUGGAUCAAGUGUUGGCAGUCCUCAUGUAAUACAAAUCAAGUCGGCUGGCAAUGUUCUUAGUGGCGCUGGUGGCGCCAAAAUACGACCAAUUGUUGCAACUGUAAAGGAACAAGCUCAGAUCAAGCAAUUGCAGCAACAAUCAUUAAUUGCCAAAUCCAUAAACUUACCCUUGAAGAAUGACGGCCAGGAAAUUAAUAUCGUAAGACCAUCGCAAAAUGUAAAUGUACUAACUGAUGUAUCCAAGACAUCUCCUAGUCUGGUACAAACGGCCGUUCCAGGAACAUCGGUUACACAAAUUAUCAAGUCGUCUACACCAAUUGUUCAUCAAUCCCCCAACGUGAUACGAACGGUCAAUGUUAGCCAAGGAACACCACAUGUUAUGGCUAAAGUGGUCAAAAAUGUUGGAGAAAACCAAAUUUUAACGCUGGACAGCAUAUUACCAAGGCAGCAACAGAUAACAGAUGCAGCAAUACGGUUGGCGGAUCCUAAAACAAUGAAAACUCAGUUAAUUCACUUGUCCAGCAGUGGACCCUCAGGAACGCCCAUCGCGCAGUAUGCAAUGGUUCCGCAGAACAGAAACAUAAUUUCGGUUGCUCAAUCUUCGGGGCCCUGCACUACACCAACAAUUAUAACAACCACAGCAAAUAGGAUCGCUGACCCCAAAACAACUCAUAUGCUUGCUACUAGCCAUAGUGCGGUAACUAGUGUUAGUCAUACACCUGUAACAUCCGUUGCUCUUCGAAAUGGUCCUGAAGCUGGUAGCAAUUUGAUGCAACCCGUUCAGGUUACCCAAGCACAGCUGCAGCAGCAGACUACGUCACAGGUAGUUACGAAAAUCACCGGUACGCCGAAGAUGCUGUCCGCCAAAGUCCGAAAUGGAACUAGCUUUAUCAAUUCGUCAUCUAUCAAUUUUGCGACGAUUGGUGGCAAUCCACUGAUAAUAGCAAGUAAACCAGCGAUUAGACCUGAAAGUAUCCAGCAUAAUGGGGCCAACACUGUUUUCCAAACAACUCCUGUGUCCGCUGAAUCUGCCAACAUUGUGUAUGGAAGGCAAGCAGUCAAAGUUCAAGGAAAUAUUGUAUCACAGGGACACGUGAAUAUAGUUAACGCUCAACAGGGAAACGCUGCACCCACACAGAAACUACUAUUGAGCAACCAACUUGUAAAAGUAAGAACAGUACCCCGCCAACCACACCAAAUGCAAAUAUCGUUUGCACAGCAACCUGGAGUAAGCACUGGAUUGGGUGCGAAUACUGGCAUCAGUGUGGUGAAAACUCCUACUAUGGUCACAGAGCAACACGAUAAGCCUACUCUUGGCAAUGUGUCACAAAAACCAACUGUAGUAGCGACACCUAUUAAAGCGACACAAAAAGUCGGAAUUCGAUUAAACCAACCUACUCAGCGUGUUGUACUCGCCACACAAGGAGGACAACUAGUAACACAACAAAUAAUUGUUCCGCAAGGGUUCCAGGGAGGUGCUUUCAAUAUUAAGCGACUGAAAGUCAUACCUGUCAGCACUCAACAAAAAGCAGGAUCAAUACUACGACCACAAAUUGUCACAACGCAAAAUAAAUCUGCGGCAUCCACAAUUAGCACUGCCUCAAAUUUAAGCGUUAGUGAAACUGCUAUCGAUGGUAACAACAAGUUAUACCAUGUUUUCAACGCAGGUGUAAGUAGUAGCAGUAAUCCCAAUGACAGUGUUGAAUUAAAUUUAGACCCUAACACAAAAUAAACUUAACUCUAAGUAUACAUAAAACUAUCAUGAUUGUCAAAGUGUAUAUUGUACAUUAUUUAUUGAUAUUUGUAUAAAUUUGCUUGUCAAAGUUUUAUAUUGUUCGAAUAAAGUCGUUUGAAACAUCAAUCAUUA